AUGCGACUCGGCACCAAGAGCUGCCUCGAGUGCCGCCGGCGCAAGGUCCGCUGUAUCGUGGCGCCGGGCGCCUCACGGUGUCGCCAGUGCGUGCUGCACCGCAUCAAGUGCAAGCUCUCGCAGGCGCCCCUGGCCGACACUGGGCCCUCGCCACGGGACAACAAUGGCUCCGCCGGUGCCUCUUCACUGGACGACUCGGCUCAAUCCUCCCGCUUGCUCGCCUCGGUCCUCGAGUCGCUGCUGUCGGACGAGUCGGACAAGCUGUUACCACCGCUCCAGUCAUAUGCCCUCGUGCACUCACAGUCACAGGCACAGUCGCCUUCGGUCGCGAGCGCGACAGCCCGUGCCCUCUCUGGCAGCGACGGCGCUUUUGCUACGGCGCCACUGCUCCAUUAUCUCCGGGACACGCUGCUCACUCCUGCGCCCAGCGACCAUGGGGGCGGCUCAUCUCCAGCUGUGACUGAUAGCCCAAAGCAGGACCUUGUUCGGACAAGGUUGCGAUCGUCCCUCGUGCCCGAGAGAAACACUCUGCAGGCCGUGUUCGAGCUGACGCAGCCUUUCUGGUCCGUCUGGCCCGUGGCGACACAUUUCCCCAACACCGUGGCCGAGGCGUGCGCCUUUGUAAGCGAGGAGCUCCCUGGCUGUGACGAUGGCGGUGCGGCAAAGCGCCUGGCGUGGCUCAGCCUGUGCAUCUCACAGCUGCCCCGGGACUUUGUGGAGCGGCGUCCAGCGACAGACUUUGCCCUGCCAACCGCGGACCUGGCGUCGAGGCUCUACGAGGCGUCUCGCGAGCUGGCAGCCGCGGCCCUGGAGGAGUCCGGCAGCCUCGACGCCCUCGAGGCACUCAUGGUGCAGUACAAGUGGCAGCUCAACCUGGGGCGGCCACGGCAAGGGUGGAAGUCCAUCCGGCUCGCCCUCGACAAUGCUCUGCUCCUCGGCCUGCACCGCCUCGAUGCCAGCGACCCUGCAAACACGCGAGGCCGUGACAUCUGGACUGGCCUCUGGCGGGCAGACCGACAGAUGACGCUCUUCCUGGGCGUGCCACAUUCUGUGCCCGAGCCCUUUCUCAACCUGCCGACUGUGUCGACUGUGCCGUCCCAGUCCGGGUCCCCUAUGGACGACAUCAUGGACCAGGCGAUGCUCAUCUGCGGGCACAUUGCCGAGCGUAACCACUCUCCACAGCAGGCCGCCACUGCGUACUCCCAGACGGCCAAGAUCACCGAGGAGGUUGACAGGCUCCGGGCCAUGAUCCCCGCCGAGUGGUGGCUGCUGACCCGGGGCGACACGCACGGCCACGCCCUCGGCCAGCCCUUCUGGCAGGCCGCCGUCAUCUUCUUCUACCACUACAUCAACCACCUCGUGCACCUCCCCUACGUCCUCCCGGCCAAGGACGACCGGCGGUACCAGUACAGUCGCGAUGUCGCUCUCGCCUCGGCCGAGGGCAUGCUGCGGGCCUUCCGGGAGCUGCCCACGUGCCACGGCCUGCCGGUCGCGUGCGACUGGCUCGACUUUGCCACGUUCAGCGGCGCCGUCGUGCUAGUGGCGGACCUCCUGUCGCAGCAGACGCGCAGGCUGGCGAGCGAGGAGGAGCGGCUGUGGGGCGUCGUGGCCGACUUUGCGCGCGACAUGCGGGCCAAGUCGCGGGUGCUCGACUGCAUCGUGCCGCGGCAGUCGGCGGACCUGCUGGAGCAUCUGCAUGCCGUCAGGCACGGGAUGUACGCAGGGCCGGACGAGUACGAUGUCGUGAUCCCGUACUUUGGCAGGGUCAGUAUCCGCCAUCCGAAGCAGCAGCGGCAGCUCUUGCAUGGACAGGAACAACAACUACAACAGACGCUGCUGCGACGGGAACUGCAGCAAGAGGAGCAGAAGCAGCAGCAGCCAUCGCCACCGCAGCCACAGCUGGUGACACAGUACCACACACCACAACAGUAUCCUCCGCAGAGCCACUACAGCGAUGGCUACUCUCCAGCCAGCAGCAAUGCGGCGGCUGUGUCAACUCCCAUACCCACGGUCCCAGCCGUAUAUCAGCCCGCCAACGCGUACCAGACGGCAGUCGAGUUCAACUGGAACCUCUUUCGACCUCAGCAGUCCGCGGGCGACGGCUCGUGCAUGGAGCUCUGUAAUGACUGGGCCACCCAGUCAUUCCUGCCCGGGCCGGACGACUGGAAUGCGGUCUACGAGUUUGUCGCGUCUGAAGGCAUGGGAGCCAACGGGAACACCCGUCAAGGCGGGUUUUAG